AUGCCCGAGAAGGACGUCAUUUCAUGCAGCACGGUGAUCUGCGGCCUCGCGGCGCACGGGAGGGCGCACGAGGCGGUCAGAUUGUUCGCGGAGAUGGAUAGAGAAAGAAGGGUGAAGCCUAACGGCGUCACGUUCGUCGGGCUCUUGUCAGCCUGUUCCCACGCCGGGCUCCUGACGAAGGCAUGUGCUAUUUCGACCGAAUGGGCUAGGGAUGCCUACAGCGUCGAGCACUGCGGCUGCAUCGUCGAUCUCCUCGGCCGGUCAGGGCGAAUCCAACGCGCGCUCCACACCAUACGGGGCAUGCCCGUCCCCGCUGACGCCAAGAUAUGGGGGUCUCUGCUUAGUGCGUGCCGCAGCCACGGCGACGUCGACACGGCCGUGGUGGCAGCCGAGCGGCUCGUCGAUCUGGAGCCGGGGCGACGUGGGCAACCUCGUCAUGCUGGCCAACGUGUACGCCGUGGCGGGGCGGUGGGGCGAUGUGGCGAGCACAAGGAACGUGAUGAGGGGCCGGAGCACGAGGAAGACGCCGGGGUGCAGCAUGAUCGAGGUGGACAACGCGGUGCGCAAGUUCGUCCCAAGGAAGGCGAUGAGGGGCCGGAGCACGAGGAAGACGCCGGGGUGCAGCAUGAUCGAGGUGGACAACGCGGUGCGCGAGUUCAUCGUUGGGGAGAUUCGGAGAAUCUGGGGCCUGAGAUGGGAGGCCUCGCUGCCUUGCUGGAUAUCCUGGCCUCGCAGCUUGCCGAUCAUGAGUGGAGCUAUAGGAUAGUCUGA